UCAGAGGCGGGGCUCUCCGUGACCCAGUUAGAGGUAAAACAAGCUAAGCUUCUGUCUCAAUCGUUUCACAUUUGGGGGAGACUCAGCCGUGAAAGCAACUAUGUCUGACUGCAGGAGGCAGUGGAACCGGGAGGAUGAGCUGCCGGUCUACCUGGCUGGGCCGAUCCCCACCGGGCCGAACCAAAGGAAAACCUACGGAAUGUUCAGCUCCGUGGAGGGAGCGUUUGAAAGCAAGACUAUAGACUUCGAUAACUACGCGGUUGGGAGGAAAGGCAGCCGCACCCCGAGAAGCGGGAGCCGGCAGAGGGUUUUGGAUGCUGGUGAUCCCGUCGGCAAGACGUCCAGCGAGGCCCGGGAAGGGUCACUGACCAACUCUCCCGGCAACACGGACGAUCAACAAGCAGGUGUGGAGGUCAGAUAUUCAUCAGGGAAGGAAAGCCCAAAUGGGGAGAGUGAAAGGCUGUUGAUCAAAGGAGGGCGGGUGGUCAAUGAUGACCAGUCUCUCUAUGCAGAUGUCUACAUUGAGAAUGGACUCAUCAAGCAGGUGGGGGAGAAUCUGGUUGUACCUGGGGGUGUCAAGGUGAUAGAGGCUAAUGGCCGAAUGGUGAUACCGGGGGGGAUAGAUGCCAACACCUGUCUGAUGAAGCCAUACCUGGGAACACCGCCUGCUGAUGAUUUCCUCCAAGGCACCAAGGCUGCACUCGCUGGGGGCACCACCAUGAUCAUUGACCAUGUAACCCCGGAGCCCGGGGAGAGUCUACUGCAGGCGUUUGAGUGCUGGCAGGAGGCUGCGGAUAAAAAGGCAUGUUGCGAUUACUCCCUGCACGUAGACAUCCCCCAGUGGGAUGAGAAUGUUAAAGAUGAGUUGGAGCUGCUGGUGCAAGAGAAAGGUAUCAACUCCUUCCAAGUGUACAUGGCCUAUAAGGAUACAUAUCAGAUGACAGACUCUGAGCUGUAUGAGGUGUUCUCCUUCCUGAAGCAGCUGGGUGCCGUGGUUUUAGUUCAUGCUGAAAAUGGAGACCUUAUUGCUCAAGAACAGAAGAAAAUCCUCGGAAUGGGAAUCACCGGACCCGAAGGCCAUCCGCUGAGUCGUCCUGAAGAGCUGGAGGCUGAGGCGGUGUUCCGUGCCAUCACUCUUGGUAACCGUGUGAACUGUCCUAUCUACAUCACCAAGGUGAUGAGCAAGAGUGCAGCUGACACUAUUGCCCAGGCCCGUAGGAAAGGUUAUGUCGUUUUUGGGGAGCCAAUUACAGCCAGCCUGGUCACUGAUGGCUCUCACUAUUGGAGCAAGAACUGGGCCAAAGCGGCUGCUUAUGUGACAUCUCCACCUUUAAGUCCUGACCCCACAACCCCAGACCACCUCAACACACUGCUGGCUUGUGGGGACCUGCAGGUGGUGGGCAGUGCUCACUGUGCGUACAGCACUUCCCAGAAGGCAAUUGGUAAAGAUGACUUCACUCUGAUCCCAGAGGGGACAAACGGAGUGGAGGAGAGAAUGGGUUUCGUCUGGGACAAGGCUGUGGCCAUGGGAAAAAUGGAUGAAAACCAGUUUGUGGCAGUCACAUCUACCAACGCUGCAAAAAUCUUCAACCUGUACCCUCGCAAAGGGCGGAUAGCGGUGGGCUCUGACGCAGAUAUUGUCAUCUGGGACCCAAACAGCACCAAAACAAUCACUGCAAAACUCCAGCAGUCGGCUUCAGAAUACAACAUCUUUGAGGGUAUGGAGUGCCGUGGGGGUCCAGCGCUGGUGUUGAGUCACGGACGAGUUGUUUAUGAGGAAGGCAAGGUGCAGGCCCAGCAAGGCACCGGUCGAUUUAUUCCCCGCAAGCACUUCCCAGACUACGUUUACCAGCGCAUUAAAGUCAGGAACCAGGCCAAGAAUCAGCAGGGCGUUAUUCGUGGGUUGUACGAUGGCCCCGUAUAUGAUGUGGUUCCUACCCAAACAUAUAUUACUCCUUCUCCUUCAGCCAGAACUUCACCCACUUCUCACCAACCACCACCAAUACGCAAUCUCCACCAGUCCAACUUCAGCCUAUCAGGGUCUCAGAUUGAUGACAUCGUCCCUCGUAGGUCUGGCCAACGCAUUGUAGCACCCCCUGGUGGUCGCUCCAAUAUCACCAGCCUUGGUUAAAGUGGUUGUUCUCAGGUCUCACCUCUUGAGUGUGUGUGUGUGUGUGUGUGUGUGUGUGUAUGUGUGUGUGUGUGUGUGUGUGUGUGUGUGUGUGUGUGUGUGUGUGUGUGUGUGUGUGUGUGUGUGUAUGACUGAGAGUGUGAGCACACUGACAUGAAUGAAUACCGUUGUACUUGUUGGUACAAUGGUGACACACUCGUAUUAGACCAUUAUGAUUUGUAACAGUUUGCCUUGAGUCAAUGGUCGCAGAGAAGAAGCACAUGAUACUUCAAUUAACCUUAGAAUGUGAUUUACAAUCAACCAAGUCAUUCAAAAACUCAUGGGCUCACAAUCUGGCACUCACUCGCACGCACGCACUCACGCACGCACGCACGCACGCACGCACGCACGCACGCACGCACACACGCACACACACACACACACACACACACACACACACACACACACACACACACACACACACACACACACACACACACACACACACAUCAGGUGUCGGACCCCAUCCAAGCACCCAAAUUUGAACCCAGUGUAAUGUCAAACUGUUGUUAACUCUUUCUCCCUGUGAGCAUGACUUCCUCCUCAUUCUUCCUCACAUCCUACAUCUAACUGUGUGGGUCUGCUCACACAUGGUGCUCCCUUCCACCCAUCUGGUGGACAGCUUCAGAAAUAACAGCAUCUCCUGCACUCCUGCACCUGUUUUUCAACAUCUUGGCAGUACUUGUUUUAGUGUGUCUCAAGAGGAUCUAUUAUACCGAUUGCAUGAACACGUCCUUACUGUAGAUGUUGCACUACUUGUGGUUUAUUGUUGCAAUGGAGGAACACUAACAAUGUAAUCAAGAGAGCACAGGCAUAUUCUUAUAAUGGUAAAUGUAUGCUUUGAAUACGUAAUGACACCCACUGUGGAUAGAGCCAGCUGUUACUAGGUUCAUAAAUGUCAACAUUACUGUUAACUUUGAUGAAAGCAAUGCAACUUCCUCUUCACCAUCAAAUACUAUAUGCAAAUGUGUCAAUACUGUCUUGUGAAGUGUGACAGCAGUUGAAACCAGCUUUGCACUGCAAAAUGAAUUUCUAGCCGGCUGUUCCUACAUAAUAGGUUUCACUGUAAAGACUUUAUGAUGUGUGUGAUAGCGUUCUCCCAAUCACUCAUGCCAGAAAUUGCGAUGACAUGCUCAAUUCACUGCUGUAAAAAGGGCUUCAGCUCCCAUCCCUGCUAUAUAAUACUUCACUUUGAAUCGUUUUAAGCUGCUUUUAUUUUAAUUUGAUUGAUUCUGGAUGUUUUCUAGGUACAUUAAGUGUUUCUAUGCCGCUUAUUCUUUUUUUUUGCUUGUGUAUGUUGUCUCCAAUGGAACCACUGCAGGAUCAAUAAAGACCUGACUGUUGUCAAAAA